CGCGCUGUGGAAAACAUGCGGCUCGGGGGGACCCCCCCCCCCCCGCGGCCCCUGCUCCGGGCCGAGCCCCGCGGGGCCUGGCACAGCCCGGGCCGCGUGCACGGCUGCGAGAAAGCCCGGAGCAGGCGCCCAAGACCCGCGCCUCCAGGACCCGUCGCGCCGUCGGAGGUCCGGGGCUCCCCGCAGCCAGGCCGCCCAGCCUCCGCGCGGGCCCGCCGAGAACCCUUCCCCCCUUCGGGACCCGUCUCUGGAGCCGGCGGCGGCCGCCCUCCCCCGAAGCCCUCGGCCCCGCCCGGCCCCGCCCCGCCCCGCCUCGCCCCGCCCCGCCUCGCCGCGCAGCUAGCUCCGGCCCCCGCCUCGGGCGGCCCGAGGGGAAGGGAGGGCGGAAGCGCGGGGGUGGUGCUUCCGGGACAGAGGGCGGGCAAGAUGGCGGCGCCCAUGGAGCUGUUCUGCUGGUCGGGGGGCUGGGGGCUGCCGUCAGUGGACCUGGACAGCCUGGCCGUGCUGACCUAUGCCAGAUUCACGGGUGCCCCACUCAAGGUGCACAAGAUCACCAACCCCUGGCAGAGCCCUUCAGGAACUCUGCCUGCCCUCCGGACCAGUCAUGGAGAGGUCAUCUCGGUACCACACAAGAUCAUCACCCACCUUCGGAAAGAGAAGUACAACGCUGAUUAUGACCUGUCGGCCCGGCAAGGGGCGGACACCUUGGCCUUCAUGUCUCUGCUGGAGGAGAAGCUGCUCCCUGUGCUGAUACACACUUUCUGGGUGGACACCAAGAACUACGUGGAGGUGACCCGGAAGUGGUACGCGGAGGCCACGCCCUUUCCCCUGAACUUCUUCCUUCCCGGCCGCAUGCAGCGGCAGUUCGUGGAGCGGCUGCAGCUGCUGUGCGGGGAGCACCGGCCCGAGAACGAGGAAGAGCUGGAGAAGGAGCUGUACCACGAGGCCCGGGAGUGCCUGACCCUGCUCUCGCAACGCCUGGGCUCCCAGAAGUUCUUCUUCGGAGACGCCCCUGCCUCCCUGGACGCCUUUGUGUUCGGCUACUUGGCGCUGCUGCUCCAGGCUAAGCUGCCCAGUGGAAAGCUGCAGGCCCACCUGCGGGGGCUGCAGAACCUCUGUGCCUACUGCACCCACAUCCUCAGCCUCUACUUCCCCUGGGAUGGAGCUGAGGUGCCGCCCCCCCGCCCGACGCCCGCGGGCCCGGACACGGAGGAGGAGCCCAACCGGCGGCGGAAUCAGAUCCUGUCCGUGCUGGCGGGCCUGGCGGCCAUGGCAGGCUACGCCCUGCUCAGUGGCAUCGUCUCCAUCCAGCGGGCGACACCUGCUCGGGCCCCGGGCACGCGGUCCCUGAGCAUGGCUGAGGAGGAUGAGGAGGAGUGACCUGUCCUCACACCUGCCCCCCGACCCCGGGACUGACUUUUCUACUGUCGUACAUUCCAGAGGCCCCCAUCCUCGCAGGGCUAGAAGUGGGGGUGCCCCUCCCACAAUAAACCACACUGACCGGAA